UUAUUUAAAUACUGAGAUUGUAUUUUUCAAAGCAAAGAAGUGGUUGAUUGCUCACAUGCCGAGAUGUCACUGAUUGGCUCUGUGUAGAGCGUCAUCUCGUGUCACGUCGUUUUCUUUCGGUAAUUUCCGUUUUGCCUCCUUCCUGUCAGUUCCACCAACGACUGGGAAUCGGAAGCCAUUUCCAAUUGUAUAUUUAAUCUGGUAUCACCUGUUAAAACUUAAUUAAGUUCGAUAUUUGUACGCUUAUUGACAAUUACGACAAUUUGCUGAGAUUUUUAUGAAACCUGCUCGAACCCCACCGCCGGAUUUACUCUCGGACAUACUCGGCUGAAAUCGGUAAGAGUCAGAGAAAUGGACGAGUCUCACUCGGCAACGAAACAACUGGGGUUGGAUGGGGCGUCGGAAAGCACGACUGUCGGGCAAGUAGAGGAGGGGGAGGAUUCGGAUACUGAAUCGGAGGCCGAAGGCACGACGAUGACUGUAAUGGGAGAAGCUAACAUCGACAUCGGAGCCGAGUCCUUGCCGAAUCCAGACGACACGCAAUCCACAUUUGCAGAGGUCACAACAGUCACAGUUCGAGAUGUCCAGGCAACAGACGACAAUGUAUUCACCCAUUCUGUGGCCACGUCUGCGGCCAUACCAGAACAUGUUCUUACAGGCAGGACCACACUGCAGAUCGGGGACAGUUUGAAUACCCAGAAGGCCACGUUGAUUGUAGUUCACACUGAUGGCAGCAUCAUGGAUGCCAGCAGUUUAAAAGCCUCUGCGUCUGCAAUGACAGCAGGUCCUCAGACCCCCUCCACGCCCAUGACCCCCGGCCAUGAAAAAGACGGCUCCAAGUACAACUGGGACCCGUCUGUGUAUGACAAUGAGCUGCCUGUCCGCUGCAGGAACACCAGUGGCAUCCUCUACAAAAACCGACUUGGCUCAGGAGGGAAAGGUCGCUGCAUCAAACACAACAACACGUGGUACAGCCCCACUGAGUUCGAGGCCAUGGCGGGCAGGGCCAGCAGUAAAGACUGGAAGAGGAGCAUCCGCUAUGCGGGCCGGCCUCUGCAGUGCCUCAUACAGGAGCGUAUUCUCAACCCCCACGCUGCCUCCUGCACGUGUGCUGCCUGCUGUGAUGACCUGGCACUGUGUUCCAAGGACACCACCUCGUACAGCCCAGAGAGCAUAAAUAUGACGGGACCAGUCAGGUUGUUUGUUCCCUACAAGAGACGCAAGAAGGAGCUUGAACAAGCGCCUACACCUGAGAAGAAGGACAGUCCACCAACGAAGAACAUAACGCUCACACCAGGAACUACCUUUACUGUGACGCCCUCUGGUCAGAUCACCACUUCAGGGACGUUGACCUUUGACCGGACGUCUGCAGGUGACGCCACUGCCAUCAUCUCUGAAGGCUCUGCCCAGGCAGAUGUCUUCACCAGUACUGCAGUGUUGACGACGCUGCCGGCUUUGGCUCUGGCCUCCCCUCAGGUGGUUCAGCCCAAAGUGUCCCCUCCCGUCUUGAGUAACCUUAGUAACGGGUUUGACGCGGAGCAACGCACCUGGCUGCACCUGGAGGAGGCGGCCAGCACCCUGCUCAACACCGCCCAGCAGCUCAAGGUUCUGAUCGAGCAGGCCAAGCAGACCAGCCUGGCCCAUGCCACCGGAACCAGCGCCGCCGCCGUCACCACCAACACCAGCGCCACCUGCCCCGACACCUUCAUGAGCCACGAGAAGAGCCUUAGCACCAAGAAGGACCACUUCCAGACACAGAUCCCGUUCCAGAACCCUGAAGACCCCGAAGGCAAGACCACUGAGAUCCUCAUCAAGCAAAUGUGUGUGAACUGCGGACGCGAAGCUGUGAGUGAGUGCACAGGCUGCCACAAAGUCAACUACUGCUCCAUCUUCUGCCAGAGAAAGGACUGGAGAGACCACCAGCACAACUGUUGCCAGGGCAACUCCACUGGGCCACAGGAAGUGGUUCACAUCCAGGGUGUUGAGUUGGAGAAGGUGAAGAUUUAACGUCCGGCGCUGGAGAAGGUGAAGAUUUAACGUCCGGCGCUGGAGAAGGUGAAGAUUUAGCGUCCGGCGCUGGAGAAGGUGAAGAUUUAGCGUCCGGCGCUGGAGAAAGUGAAGAUUUAGCGUCCGGCGCUGGAGAAGGUGAACAUGUGGUGAAGAUAAAGAGCUGGCUCUUGUGGUGGUGCUCAUACAGAACUCAGACUCAUGUUGUGCUGUGAAAAUGAGGGAUCAGGUGAUCUUAAACUACUGAACACUGCGUGCUGCUGCAUGCCGUUGUGGGCUGUUGAAGCCUAAUCUGUCCGUGUGCUAUAUGUGACAAACGUAGGUUUAUCCUCUCAUCCCUGAUGCAGCAGAUUUUAUCACAUAUUAAUAAAGGCUUCUGUUGAACAGG